GAAAUGACCGCAUAUAAUUACUCUACCGUGACUGAAUUUGUCCUGGCAGGACUGACAGCACAACCUGAGCUCCAGCUGCCCCUGUUCCUCUUGUUUCUAGUUAUUUAUGGAGUCACUGCGGUGGGGAACCUGGGUAUGAUCCUCCUAAUCUCUCUCAGUUCUAACCUUCAGUCUCCCAUGUACUUUUUUCUCAGUAAUUUGUCAUUCUUAGAUCUCUUUUAUUCCUCAGUUGUUACCCCCAAACUGCUGAGAAACUUCAUGUGGGAGCAAAAUAUUAUCUCCUAUCCUGGGUGCAUGACACAACUUUUUUUCUUUUGUGUUUUUGCUAUUGCUGAGUGCUACAUGCUGACUGCUAUGGCUUAUGAUAGAUACGUAGCUAUCUGUAAGCCUUUGCUCUACAAUGUCACCAUGUCCCCAAAGGUAUGCAAGGCACUGGUGGUGGGGGUCUAUGUCAUGGCAACAUUUGGAGCUGUGGCCCACACUGCCGCUAUGGCUAGACUUUCCUUCUGUAAGGACAAUGUCAUCCAUCAUUACUUCUGUGACAUCUUUCCUCUCCUAGAGCUGUCCUGCUCCAACACCCACCUCAAUAACCUCCUGGUGAUAUUCAUAGGUGGAUUCAAUAUGUUGGCCACAACUGUGCCCAUCACCAUCUCUUAUGCCUUCAUACUCAGCACAAUUCUUCAGAUUCCUUCAUCUGAGGGAAGGUCUAAAAGCUUUAGCACAUGUGGUUCUCAUUUCAUGGCUGUUGGUGUCUUCUAUGGAUCUAUAAUAUUCAUGUAUUUUAAACCAGCGUCUCGCAGCAGCAACAUGGCCCAGGAGAAGGUAGCUUCUGUGUUCUAUACCACAAUAAUCCCCAUGCUGAAUCCCUUAAUCUACAGUUUGAGGAAUAAGGAUGUUAAGAAGGUGCUGAGCAGAGUGCUGAAGAAGAGGCGUGGCUCAGCCUGA